AUGGUAGUGAUUGUCCAAUUAAUGAACAAAUCCGAGGACACUCGAAGAGUUCCAUGUCAACCUGUUACUUCAAUUGUUCCAAGUGAUACUCUUGACUUAGUUUUAAAAACUGAUGAUCAGACAUUAGUUUUACCUCAUCUGUUGCCUAGUUCAAGUACUUGUACAGAAAUUGAACCUGUUACUUCAAUUGUUCCAAGUGAUACUCUUGACUUAGUUUUAAAAACUGAUGAUCAGACAUUAGUUUUACCUUAUCUGGUACCAAGUUCAAGUAGCUGUACAGCAAUUGAAAAGUCUGAUUUGUUGACAGAUAACAUUGCUGAUCAUGAGGAAUAUUACAAAGAUCCAUUUAAGUGGCCAAAAAAUUUGAAUAGUAAAUUUAUAAGUUUCUGUCUCGAUAAAGGACCGGCUUUUUUCCAAAAUAUGGAUAGAAAUUUUAGGCAAUCAGCACGUAUUAUAUCAGGAACUGAUCACACAAGAUAUAUUUCUUCUGCAGUUUUCUAUAGAAAGUUAUCCAAUGGAGAGAAAUGUAAUAGAAAAUGGUUGCUAUAUUCUCCAAGUAAAGGUUCCGUAUUUUGUUUUGUAUGUAAAUUAUUUGGUUCACUUCGAGAUAAUCCUUUUGUAAACAUUGGUUUUGAUAAAUGGAAAAAAAGUUAUAGAAUUAGUGAACAUGAAAAUAGUAUUGCACAUCGAGAAGCUACAACAAAAUGGUUGAUACGGACAGAUACAACUAGAUCAGUUAAUACAGAAUUGUGUCGACAAAUAUCAGUUGAAACUGAAUACUGGGUUAAUGUUUUAAAAAGAAUGGUAUCUGUUGUUAAAUUUAUAGCUGCUAGAGGUUUACCGUAUCGAGGGGAUUCUGAAAUAAUUGGAAACAAUAAUAAUGGCAAUUAUCUUGGCAUAUUGGAAUUGAUUUCAGAAUAUGAUCCAUUUUUGAAAAAUCAUUUGGAAAAGUUUGGAAAUAAAGGAAAAGGGCACCCAUCAUAUAUUUCAAAAACUAUUUUCAAUGAAAUUAUACUUUUACUAAAAACUGAUGUUAUUUGCUAUAUUACUAAUGAGAUAAAAAUAUCUAAAUACUAUUCUAUUAUAAUGGAUUCUACUCCAGAUUUAUCAAAAGUGGAUCAAAUGGCUAUUGUUAUUAGAUAUUGUACAAAGUCAGAUGUACAAGAAAGAUUACUGAAAUUGGAACCUAUUGAAAGUCAUACAGGUCAAUCAAUUUAUGAUGUUUUAGAAAAAUUUCUUUUAAAUGUUGGAUUGAAUAUUGAAGAUUGUAGAGGACAAUCUUAUGAUAAUGCGUCCAAUAUGAGUGGCAAGUUUAAAGGAUUGCAGGCACAUGUCAAAUGUAAAAAUGAUCUUGCUGUAUAUAUACCAUGCACAGCACAUUCAUUGAAUUUAGUUGGUGUUCACAGUGUCGAUUGUUGUGUCGAGGCAGUGAACUUUUUUGGCUUUUUACAAACAUUAUAUAAUUUUUUCAGCAGUUCUACGCAUAGAUGGAAAAUACUUACAGAUAAUUUGGAUAUAAAUGAUAAACACCGGUUAAUUACACUUAAAUCGUUGAGUGGUACUAGGUGGUCGUGUCAUUCUGAAGCUUGUAAAGCAUUAAUUGGUAAUUAUGAAAAAAUCCUUGAAGCUCUACAAAAACUGUGUGAAAAUGUCAAUGAAAAUGGUGAAACAAAAAGAGAAGCUACAAUAUUAUGGAAAAAAAUGUUAAAAAGAGAGAUUGCUUAUCUUACAUUAUUAUGGAGUGAUAUAUUGGAGAGAAGCAAUAAAACUUCAAUUGAAUUGCAAAACAAACACUGUGAUGCAUUAAAAGCCGUCAACUUGCUAAAAUCAUUAAGGCAUUAUGUGUCAAGUUUAAGAGACUCUAAUUCAGAUAGUGCAGUCCAAGAGAGCAUAAAGAAUUGUAUUUUCACAUAUAAAAAUGAUGUUGACGCUUCACUUGAAAAUGAAAUUAUUCAAUUUCAAAAUUUUUUAAGUUUAAGUAAUGUAUCAUUUAAUGAAAGUGAUACUUUUAAGUUAUUAAAAUGGUUUUAUGAUAAAUCAUUGCAGGAUGUAUUCCCAAACAUUUUAAUUGCUCUUAGAUUAUAUUUAACUAUCCCAGUGGCCAAUUGUUCGGCCGAAAGAGCAUUUUCCAAACUAACAAGAAUAAAAAAUAAAUAUAGAACAAGCCAGACUCAAGACAAUUUAACAUCUUUAAUGAUAUUACAUUCAGAAAAUGAUAUUUUGCAAUUAAUAGAUUUUAAUGAAACAUUACAACAAUUUGCAAAAGAGAAAGCAAGAAAAAAAUUAAAGUUAUAA